ACCAUCUCCAUUAAGGUCUUAACACCUGAACGUUAAUUUUCUAGGCACCCAGAACCCUUGGCUGUUUCUCAAGUUGUCUAAAUGUUUAUAGAGACAGUGGUGUCUGGGUUACAGCUCAGUGUUGAAUAACUUUUCACUUUAUAACAGUAAAUUAUAACUGGAUCAGGUGUGAUGGACCUAAGUUAUGAUGUCCUAUAUAUGUUCUGGCAAACAAACAUCGGGAUUUGGAUCAAAGAUUAUGAGCAGUGAGGACAACGUGAUGAAAAGCGGCGUGUAAACUUUGGGAUUUUCCUGUUAUCGUGAUUGAUUGACACCAACAUGGAGACAAUCGUUGUUAAGUUGGAUCCGCAGACUGUUGAACAAGAUGAUCUGGAAGAUUUCUUGGCCACAGAUGACAUGUUUGUCGACUACUUCAACACUUUCCUGGCAUUACCAUCCUUUCCUGAACCAGUAUGCUUUAAUGCGGAGACCGGUGGCUUUGAAGUGGUCAGUAAGGCCAAGAAAGAACUGGCACGUCAGAUUAAAACUGUGGUUAGGGCUCAGCAGAGAAAGCCCAAGAUCUACAUGGUGACCAAAAACCACAGUUAUAGUGACAUCCCAUUGAUACCUAUAGAAGACCCCCCAGAAACCAGCAGUCCAGAAAUCAACACUACCUUUAGUGUACAGACCCUAAACAAGGAGCAAGGUAUCCACUGGAUAAAGGCAGAGCGGAUGCCUCUCUUUCUGGAGAGCCAGUGCUACCUAGAGUACCGCUUGGCUAACAUCUUAGCUCAGGUCCAGCUGACAGGUUCGCAUGGCCAGUAUGUCUCUCUGAAGAUUGAUGUCAGCCACCAGGCCAAGGCACGUGCCGAGGAACCCAAAGAGGUUAAGGUCGAUCCCCUGGAAACGCUAAAGAAGAAGCUGUAUGUUUGUAUGGGUAAUACCAGUUCUACGAUAUCCGAGGCAUGGUUCUCCUCCGCUAAGCUCGCCCAGGACACAGACCCCACCUUCGUCACGUCCACCCGCCCCAGCAGUGCUAUAGGCAUGGUAACUCCCUGCCCCAGUGGGAGUGCCCGCAGAAUUCGCCCAUACAGCGCGCGCCCACUUAGCGCUCUCAGCACAUCUGAUGACCGUUACGGCAGGGACAGUGGCAUCGGGAGUUCUACCCGGGGGUCUGUGUUUGGCAGUACCCUUAACAUCAGUGCUUACGCCAGCAGCGUGGCUUCCAUCGAGGAGGAGGAGGGCGGGGCAUCAAGCCGCAUCCUAAAACCUUGUACCCCACGGCCCUCGGAACCCAUCUGUUCCAUUUCUGGAGCGGAUGUGCCCAGAGGUGUGGUGUAUAUGCCCCACCAUAAAGGGGAAAGCACAGACUCAGAGUCCGGCGUUGGGGACAUUGAUACUGACAGAGAUGAUGAUGUGGCAGAUACAAAGUUUGGUACAGUGAGCACCAGUCAAUCAACAAAAACAUUACAAAGUUCCACCAAUCAAAAGACAAGUACCGGAGUCAUUAAAAGCAUUGAUGAAUUGAGCAGCGUCAUUGUGGGAGACACGCUGGCCAAAAUUUUCGCCGAUGUCAGGAAAAUGGAGUUUAAGAAAGCUCAAAGAAUCCCAGAAAUCGGUAAGGUGUAUCCAAGUGAGGAACAUAUGAACAUUAAUGUGAAUGAUUUUGACAGCUUUGAUAUCGAUUUGGAUGAAAACAGGCAGCCAGAGAAACCUGCAUCGUUGAACUGUAAGCCAAAGUCCGAAGACAGCGACGCCGAUUCCUUGUUAGAUAGCGAGGAUGAUUUUGAGGAGCAGGACACAUUUUUCAGACGACCAAAACCAAAGGUGAUGGGUUUGUCGAGUAAAAAGGGAAUUGAGGAGUUUAAGAGUUUCAUUGCUGGCACCCAUGGAGAGAUCUACUGGAACCUAUGGCUUGAUAUCGACAAAUGUUUUCACAUGACUGAUCCUCAGUGUCAAAUUAAGUAUGCACAUAAAUUACGUGAGAAGUAUCAGUCUCCAUCUGCCAUCUACCCUCUAACCAAUGAAAUGACAGCAAAAUUUGGGCUGAGCCAACCAGAAGGCUGGACACCCCAAAAGCUGAAGAGCAUUCAGACAAAAGUAGCAGAACCCCUGGUGACAUACUGGGCUCGGAGAUAUCUGCUCCAACAAGAACGACCAAUGACAGCAAAGAAACUCCAAUACCAGGGGGAACUGCAGGCUCGUGAACAUGUUCGACCAGUGAAUGCAGUAACAAAGGGUGCACUGUUACCGCUGAGGCCAAAAUCUUGUCAUCCUCGCAUCAGACAGGUGACAGAGAGGACACCCAGUGAAGGUUCCGCAGAAAUGCAGGAGCAGACUGAGUUGAAAACCUCACCCCCGGUGGGAAUGAGGCGAACUUAUUCUAGUGCUGCCAUUGAGAAAAUCCAGAGGGCGUUUAAUAUGGGCAAGGGAAAAGACAUCGCCAAUCAAACAAGUGACGUCAAAAAAAAACCGGAAAGAUCUUUGCCACAACUUCCAUCCGGGAAAAAAAAGCUACCUACACCUCCUACGUCAAAGCCAGUUUCCAGGGACAGAAGACCCAAAACAGCCUGUUCCAUCAGAACAAAGUCUGCACUAUCCAGUGUAACAGAGGGGAGGUCGAGCCUGACGAAUGAGAGUCCGAGAGAGGAGAGUGGUGGGAAGGGAGAUAAGUCUGCAUCUCGUUGCAGUUCAGCCAGGAGUUCCAGGAGCAGUAGCAGCCGCAGCUCCUCCAGUCAGGCCAGCUCCGUAUUCCUGGGGGGUCAGAGGAUGGAGUGUCUGUUACAGGCUCUACACCAUGAGAGAGGCUCUGGGGGGUUCUUCAAAAGAUUUGUGGAGAAGAGUAACAACAGUUUGUGGAGAAAUAAUCUAAAGUUUUGGUGUGCAGUUCAAGAGUACCACCAGGCUUUUUGUAGCCAAUCCCUAGACCAUGCCGCUGUACAACGAAAGGCCAAGAUAAUCUUCUCGUUGUACAUUGUGGGUGGUGCGCCCCGUGACAUCGGCUGUAGUGCAGACAUCAGGGCGCAGGUGUACUGUCAGCUCGACCCGCCCUUUGAGGAACUAUUUGAUUCAGCGGAGGAAUACACGAUCGAGGUGUUGUACGGAGCCUGGACUCAGCUGCUGGCUUCUGACAAUAAGUCUUACAGCAAGGUGGAGUUAAUUGAAGUAAAGCGCCACCUGGAGACAAAGUCAAAAUACGUCCUGAAUCUGAGGAAGAGGGGACUAAUUAGUGAGAGAGUGCUCACACCUGAAGAUCCCAUGGAGGGCUACGAAGACCCGGUCUACGACGAAUCUCUGCUGGAGAAGAUCCCUGAGGAGUUUCGCGACUACUCCCUGGAUAAGCUCAUCCACAAUCGCUUGGAGCUUGAACAGUUCCGUCAGUUCCUCAAUGCCAACUACGCCAGCAUGGACCUGAUGUGCUGGAUGGAGAUUGAGUCAUUCAGGAGACUUCCGCACACGGAGGAGAAGAAGAGAGACGCCAAGGCCAAAGACAUCAAUGCCAAAUACCUCAACAAGAAAUAUUUCUUCGGAGCCAACAGUCCUGCUGGGAAAGAGGGACAAGAUAAGGUGAUAGAAGUAGGUGGAGGGUGGGGGAAGCUGCUGGAAGACCGACCCCCAAACCCUGUUCUAUUGGAGGCCCAGAAAUAUGUUCAAGAGAGGCUGGAGAAAAAAUGGCUGCCUCAGUUCCUCGCUCUUCCAGAGUUCAUGGAGCGUCAGAAACCUGUUCAGACGAUGGACAAUGUGAUAGAUGAUGUCAUCGUUCAGAAACGACACAAGUCCCAGGCUGUGCUUAAGGAUCUGGGUUCAGAUUGCAGCGACUCUGAUCUCAGUGACAUGCUGGAGGAACUGACCAGCACUGACCACAGCUCUCAGAUGUUGGAGAGUCGCUGGGUGACAUCAUCUGGUGACAUCAUGACGUUCCGCAAGGCUCUCCUCAACCCUAUCACGUCCCUACAGUUCCGACGCUACAUCUCUAUCAAAGGCGACAGCUUAGAGAAUGAUGUACUCUUCUGGCUGGAGGUUCAAAAGUACAAGGAAUUACACCACACAAACACAGACGACUCCACGCUUCUCCACAAGAUCAAUGCCAUCAUCAACUGUUUCUUGGAUUCUCCCAUCCCGCCCAGCUUACAGGUAGACAUCCCUCAGGAGACGGCCGAUAAAAUCAUCGACAGGAAGUACGAAAAGGGGCCAUACCUGUUCAGAGAUGCUCAGCUGAUUGUAUUCAGGGUGCUGUUUUCCCACUGGAACGAAUUUUGUGAAUAUAGAACAAAUUUAGCUCCAGACAAAGUGUUACCAACGAUAGAGCGCCAGAGACGGCGCGUGAAGAAGAAGGAACGCGAGAGACAGCAACGGCUAGAGGAGCAGAGAGAAAAGCAAAUCUUAAAGCGGAAGGAGGCCGCUAGACGUCAAGCUCUUGGAUUACCUUUAGAAGGGGAUUACGAUGAGCCGGAUAAUUUCCACGAUCCGUUCGCAACGAAGGCGGAGGGAAGCGAGGUGGGAGAUGAUCCAGGAUCUGCCGCAGGGAAGGACAGUAUCUCGUGGACAUACUCUCAGUACAUGGCUGCUCUCCAGGCCGAAGACAUACUAAAUCACCUGGAUGAGAGUUCGUUAAGCUCGUUCACUGAAACAGGAUCUCUGAAACCUUUGGAGAAGGACCGGCUGUCAGGCAGUGCGCAAACAGACACCCUGACCAAGGCAGACAACAAGUCUGAGAGUCCACCGUCCUCCAAGCGUUCCAAGAAGGAUUUCAAGUCAGGACCCAACUCUUUGCUAGACAAAGAAAAGAACAACAAGCCAGGCGGUCUUAAGACCGAUAGAGAAGCAAGAAGUGAUAGAAGUUUUGCAACCAGCAGGAGCGGUAGAACAACAAAGAUAGAGGCUGGUAAAUCAGCAUCCCUGCCUAAACCUAUGGCAAAGACAGAGGCCUCUCUAACCUUAACAGUGCCUGGGUCUAGGAGAAAACACAGCCUUUCUCGUGAUGGCCCUACUACCUGAAAACAGACUCAUUCCAUCGAGGCCCUACUUCCUGAAAAUUAACUCAACCUGCCAAGGCCUUCCUACCUGAAAACAGAAUUAAUUAAUCAAAGUCUUCUACCUGCAUAGAUUUAAUUAAUAAGGCCUUCUGACAGAUUUUAUAUAGCUCUCCUUUAUUUAUGUCCUGAAUACUAGGGUUGACAGAUCAUUAGGCAUGAAUUACACAAUACAAAGAGCCUCCACUUUUAAAAAGUUAUGAAGUUUAUAACUUUUGUAGAAACUCCUGAUAAAGUUAUGAAUAUUCUUUUCUCAUGUACUUACGUUUUUAUAACAUAUUCAUGGCAUGAACUGUCAAAGGUGGAUAUGUAUGUCUUUGUUAUUUUGGUCUGAUGGUGAAAUACAUGGAGUAAGGGAAGUGUCCAUCUCACAGUUCAGCUUGUCAACCGGUAAAACAAUAUGCAAAAAGUGGAACUCCCAAAGACCCUACUUUUUCUCAACAUGUACAUUAAUAGUUUGUUUUCAUCUUUGGAUUGUGUCUUUUCGAAUGGAAAAAGGCAUGAACUAUUAUCUCAAGUCGUGAAUUCCUGUUCAGAAAUAUUCUCUAGCAACCCUGUGAAUACAUUGAUGUGUUUGUUUCCAGUCUUCUGUUGAAGUAUUGGCUUCCAGUCUCCUGUGGAAGUGUUCAAUAUAAAAAUGACUUAAACAGGCCAGGUUGGUUGUUUAUUGGAAGAACUACGGUGUGUUAUGCAACUAAUGUGACCUGUUUGAUAAUAGAACAAGAAUGGGUCUGAGCGAAGUAGGUCAAGCACAUAUUUUUGUUAUCAACAUCCAUUUGUGUUAUGGAAAUUCAGGACUGUUUGUAAACUGGGCAAACCUUUUAAAACAUUGAUUAUUCAUGGUUGUUUACGCAUGCUGAACUGUCGAACAAUCAACAUGUGUUAUCUGUUUGACAAAAUAUAACCCCAAAACUAGUAUUUACAUUAGCUUUUUAGCGAAUCAUACGUAACUGCGCGUUCCCAUGUAAUAUUUCAAAGGUAAACACAUGAGCAGUUUAUUUGCACUAAAAUAUAAAUGUUUUUCUGGCAUGGUUAGUGCUCUGUAUUAGCCAGUUCCGUUUAUAGUAAACCCACACGGUAUGGGCUACCGUCACUUUCCUCUAAAACUGAUAACCUCCACCAACAACAUAAUUAGACAUCUACUUUUUUUUUCUUCCCUGCAUACUUUAUAGAGACGGCUUCUGGGGUUUUAGAACCUUUAAAACUGUUCCUGUGGAUUAUUUUUUUCUUGGCCUGCUUGAGCAUGAUUUAUUUUUGUAUAUAUGUCCUUUUGCUGAUAAGGCUAAACAGUACUGAUAACCACUCGUUAGAAACAAAAGUGCGCUAACGGGGAAAAAACAGUGCAGCCCAAGAAUUUACCCAGAUAGCAUUACAUGUGAGUUUAUACAGGGUGUGAUUUGAUUUCCUGCCAAGUAGAUUAAAAUGUAAACCUGGUCUUCGGAGGUUUGAUUGUGCUUGCAAGCUGUAGUCGUCGAUCUAGUUUAAAUCAGUUGAGAAUCGACUCCAGAGUCUAAUGUGUGCAAGAAAUGAGUAAACUGCAGGAUCCCGAACGGUUUAAACUAAAAAUCAGUAGAAAGUCUGUUGUGUGAGUGAUGCUAGAUGCUAUUGUAUUAUUAUAACACAAUACUUUGUUGUAUUCAAGAGAAUAUUCUGUUAGCCUAAUUGAAUCUUUAUGUUGAAUUUGUAGAAUGUAUGUCUUAUAUAAUAUAUUUAACAGAAUAAUCUGCUGAAAUAACAGAAUAUACAUUCUAGCAUCACUCAGACAACAGACUUUCUGUUAAAUUUUUUUUCGGGUAGUAAAUGUUCAAAUUCGGAACAGGCUGCACAUAUAUUGUACAUAAAAUGUCAAAAAAGUAUUUAAUUAAUGCUUGUAUAUACUGUUAAUUAGGUAAUUCGACCUUAUGUAUAUAGGUGAAUACAAGAAGCUUAUGUAAAUUAUAUAUUCAUGCUUGUUAAAUUUGUAUGUCCAAGUAAUUAUAUCUGUUUUCCGUCCAAAAUGUAUAUAAAAUAUUGUAAUGAAAUAAAU